GCUAGAGAAGGAUUGAAGCCUCCAAGCGGGGCGAGUGAGGAGUGAAGGCCGUGAGGAGCAGCUGAGCGGAGGGCCCAGGAAUAAUUGUCAAGAAAAUGGUUUGAGGAAAAAAGAUGCCGUGAGGAAAGGAUGCACCUGUCUGCCAUGGAUGGCCCCAUCGAGAACUGCGAGGAAAUAGAAGCAAAUGAUAUCCAUCUUCUUGAGAGCAUCGGGAAGGGGUCAUUCGGGGUGGUGUACAAGGCUGUGUGGCGUGAGUUGAUGGUGGCAGUGAAGAAGGUAGAAACAGAGUCAGAGGUUAAUGAAUUCUACAAUGAGGUGCAGCAGCUGGCCAAGGUGCAGCAUGAGAACAUCAUCCACCUGUAUGGCGCCUGCACGUCUGGUCUCUACAAGUGCCUGGUCAUUGAGUUUGCAGAUGGUGGCUCUCUCUACCAUUUGCUGCACAACUCCCCCAACACGCAGUACAAUCUGGCUCACGGCAUCUCCUGGCUGUUCCAGUGUGCCAAGGCUGUCUCCUACCUGCACUCCAUCCAGCCACGCCCUCUCCUGCACAGGGACCUCAAACCUCCAAACCUGCUACUGACCAAGGGAGCAAAGGUGCUGAAGGUGUGUGAUUUUGGCACAGCGUGUGAACUCAGCACUAUCAUGUCUGACAACAGGGGCUCAGCAGCAUGGAUGGCGCCAGAGGUGUUUGAAGGGAAGCUCUACACGGAGAAAUGCGACGUGUACAGCUGGGGCAUCAUUCUGUGGGAGGUGGUGACGAGACGCGUGCCAUUUGAGGACCUGGGACUGGCUGUGCGAAUUAUGUGGGCUGUCCAUCAGAGGCAGCGUCCGCCCCUCAUCACCGGCUGCCCCAAGCUGCUGGAGACCCUUAUGAAGCGGUGCUGGGACCACAACCAGGCUCGUCGGCCACGCAUGGAGGAGGUGGUGGAGAAGAUGUGCUUGGUGACGCGAUUUCUCAAGGGCGCUGACGAACCUAUUAGUAACCCCCCCUCAGACGACUCAAUCACUGGUCAGCGCCCCAAGAAAGACUCGUACCGAUCAGCGUGCAUUGAUGGCUCCAGCGCGGGACACACCAGCCGUGACGUGAGUGAGCUUUCCUGCAGCACGGAAGACUUGCUACACCCACCUCCUCCCUCCUCCUCCUGCUGCUCCACCAACAGCACCCACAACCACCUCCACCCCCAUUCCUUCCCUAACUCCCACCCACACACCCAGCCUAACCCCACUGCCCUCCCACAUCCCCAUCCUGACCCAUUCUCCAGCCCCUACCACCAGCCUCAGCUUAACCCCCUCCCUCUCCACCCACUCCAGCACCCCCACUACCACCACCACUACCACCACCAACAACAGUCUCAUAUCAACAACAGCAACAAUAACAACAUCAACAAUAAUGCAGGUUUUCCAGCGGUUCUUAAUGAGGACUCACAGUGGCUAAGCUCCAGCAGUGAGGGGACCUUUCCGCCCUGCGACUCCCCAAGCAGAGGGCCAUCCCCGCGUCUCACCCCGGCCAUCAGCCCUAAUGUGUCCAGCACUGUAGUGAUAAGUGCUGGCCGGGGCUCACCAUGGUCCUCUGUGGGAAGUCUAGACCCAGAGGAUCCUUGCAUGCAGCCCCUUGCCAUUACCAUCCCUGGCCCACCACCACCAACGCGUUCAGAUGUGGCCCUUGUCUCACCAUGUCCGCCCACCAUUGCCCUCACGCCCAUCACCGGCAAUGUAGCAGGUGUCAGUCCAUCUGGUGUCCCCCUGCGCCGUCACCUCUCCCCUGGUGACUCUGUAGAUCCAAUGCGGAGGAGGUCUGCGGAAGUCAGCCCUCAGACACACAGCCCCUGCCAUGUCCCUCUUGAUCCCUCCAUCCGGGACCCUGGCGGCAGUUUGGGUGGGGUGGAAGGGGCGCUAAAAUACCGUGAUAUGCCCUCCCUGCUGCCACCCACACCGUCUCCCUCUCCGUCCACCACCACCACCACCAGCACCAACAAUACCACCACCACCACUACCCUCGCCGGCACCACCACUACCACUACUACCACCACCACCACGGCGUUCCCUUCAUGGCUACCUUAUCCUCUCUACGGCCCCGAACCAGGUGGAGGAGGGAGUCACAACGGCGAGGGAGUUGGAGGAGGUGGUGGAGGAGGGGGUAGCACUGGCGGCGGAAGAGGAGGAAAAGGCCCUGAUGAAGAAGAGCUGGGUGCGUUUUGGGAGCUUCUAGACACGGAAAUAAGACCUGUAAAGCCGCUGCCAGCCUGUCCAGAGUCACAGAAGAUUUUUAACGAGCAUAAGGAGAUGGCCGGCCAGUACCUGGUGCUGCAGCAGGAGAUCUUCAACCUGAGGCAACGAAAGACAGUCCUGGAGGAGAAACUGUCCCAGGCGGAGAAGCUGGAGCGCAUCGGCAACCAGCGCUACCAGGAUAAGAUUCAGGAGCUGGAGAGCAAGAAGGAAAAUCUGCGACACACACACAUCAGACUGAGGCAACAGCUGGAGCAGAUCCACACCAGGCAGGAGGAGCAGCGACAGAGACAGCAGCAGGAGGAGGAGGAGGAUGGCAUAGGAGAGCCCACCCUGGACCUCUCCCUCACUCCUCCCUGAAGCCCUGCACUGUGUCCUCUCAAGUGUGUGAGGGAAGGAAGGGAGAAAAAGAGGGAGAGAAGUGGUGGGUGAAGGAACGGAGCUACCUGUGACAAGACUGGUGAAGGUAGUGAUGAUUGUGGGUCCAGUGUGUGUGUGUGUGUGUGUGUGUGUGUGUGUGUGUGUGUGUGUGUGUGUGUGUGUGUGUGUGUGUGUGUGAAGGCCAACAGAACCUAUGGAAUUCUAUUUACGCCUCUGUCAGGGUAAAGGUUUAAGAGAGAUGGAAAAAAUAUAAGGAAAAGAAGAAAUCGGAACAGUGCAAGUAGCUAUUGGUGAUUGAAAAGCCAGUGGAAAGAAGUCACUGGUAGAGCUUUUCUUCAUGUGUUUGCUCAAGAGUACAGACUUGAGGCAAUAAUGGGAGUAAUAAAUGGUGUUGUGAGAGGAGGAGGAGACAGCAAUGGUGGCGAUGGCGGUGGUGGUGCUGUGUUGACGUGAGAAUCAAGUGCCUCUCUCCUUCUGACCAAAGCCGGUGUAUUGAAAUGAUUUGUAUUAAGUUACAAGAUAUUUAUUUCACUUUUGAGUACAUUUUGCUUAAGUUGAUGUAAAGUAUCCCUGAUUUUUAUUAUGUUUCGUUGUAUACUUGGCUUUUUACCAUAUGUGUUUGUAUGUGUAUAUGUAUGUAUGUGCAAUGAUGUGCAUUUAGUCGAUUAUUUAUAGGACAUUUUGUAUCAUUUGUGAAGUAGUAUGGUGGUGUAGCUCAUGAGAAGUUGACUGUGUUAGUUUAUUAUGGUCGGUGGAGAUGAUUAGACAACGAGAUGAGAUCAAAUGUACACGUCAGUUGAAGAUAUGUAAGGAAAAAUGUCAAGAAACAUCACAUCAAGUCUGAGUAGUGAAGUAUUAUUGGGAAGCAUUGUAGGAGUUAGUACAGUGAGGUGAGGGAGUGCCAAGUUAGCCAGAGUCCUUACUAUUCUAAACCCAACAUAUGUUUCUGAAGCUCUAUAAAAUUGCCAAAUAGUAACCAAAAUUAAUAUGAAAAUACAUCUUGGUACGGAAGAGAAUAAGACAUGGCAGAAGGGUAAGGAACAGGCUGGGAGGGGAACAACCAGGCACCACUCAAGCCACAGCCCAGACAUGGUAGGAAAUUGCUUGACAUUCCUCACAGGUCAUGGUAAAAUUUGUGCUGGUGUAGCCUGGUCCUGAGUGGCACUUGGUGAAAUAUGGACGGUUUGUGAAGGUAUUUGAAGGAGUGAUUGGUGAUGUAAGGGUGACAGG